AGAGGACUAAAACAUCUAAACAAAUUUUAACGAACGAGCUCAUACGAAACACAAGUUACACAUACAUUGAAGUGUGAAACGAACGAAUUUCGCGUUAAAUGAAAGUUAAUAAUAACACAAAAAUAAACAACACCUGUUCAAAAUGAGGAUCAUUUAUUUACUUCUCCUUGUGUCCUUGUUUUGUCUGGUGAGCGCGAAAUAUUUGCCAGAUGAAAAUGCUUCAAGCAUUUUGCUAAGGCAGCGAAGAUCUGCAUCAGAUGAAUCAAAUACUUCGACAGAAGAAACUGAAGAAGACAACACCAAUGAGAACGAUGACGAUUCAUGGGAGCGCAAACAAGUCGAAGAGCAGUUAAAACUUCAAGAGAAAAGAGAUAAAGCAGAACGAAAACGAUUAGAAAAAGAACGGAAAUUGCAAGAAAAACAAGAAGAGCAGCAACGUAAACUUCAGGAAAAAUUGGCAAAAGAAGAACUUAAGCGACAGGAAGAAGAAAUUAAAAGGCAAGAAAAAUUGGCAAAGGAAGAGCUUAAACGCCAAGAACAGGAAAUAAAGAGACAAGAAAAAUUGGCAAAAGAAGAGCGUAAGCGUCAGGAGCAAGAAUUAAAAAGACAAGAAAAACUAGCCAAAGAGGAGCGUAAACGACAGGAACAAGAGCUAAAGUUACAAGAAAAACUUGCAGAAGAAGAACGCAAACGUGAAGAAGAAGUCCAAGAACAGCUAGAAGAUAUUCAAAAGAAAGCUGAGGAAGACACAAAACCAGUGAUUGACAACUCUGUGGAGUCGACAGAAGAAAAUGACCAAACGGAUUUGGAAGAUAUUUGGAAAAGUUAUGUGUAUUCCAAGUACGGUUUAUCUGCUAACAGCAGCGAAUUGGAAAAAGAUGCUGCAAUCAACAGAUAUAUCGUAGAUGAACUUGGUGUUAAUGUUAAUAGUACUAAAGCCGAAUACCGCCAAGCCGUUUUACAACUGGUACAAAAUAGAUUAUUAAAUAACUCGGCUUUACAAGACGGUUUCCAUAGCUACCUGGUCAGUCAUGUAAAUGCUGUAUAUAUCCAGCGGCUAAGUGCAGAAUUAGAAACUAAGAUAGCUGAAUUAGAUAAUGAUACAGCACUCCUGCAAAAUAUAAGUUUACCUUGGGUAACUCAGGCGAAGCAAUCUAUAGAACAAAAGAGAACAAUUCUCCAAACUGUUGUUCAAUUUUUAUCUAAUGUUUUACCUAGUUGGAUAACUGGAGGACAAGCCUCUUCACCUAGUGCUAAUGUUCCAAAUGCAGGCUCAUCUGCUGCUACCGUUUCUGGUUCAUCUUCUUCUACCGCUGCUGUUGCCCAAGGAUCUACUUCCACUAAUGAUGUAUCCGGGAAUGCUUUAGGUACAAGUGCUUCUACAGGUAACAGUGUUUCGGUAAAUGAUAUUUCUGCUCCCUCCGUACCCGCUGCCUCUGACGCUAGCACCUCAGUAGCUGGCUCAUCUGCACCCGCUGCCUCUGAUGCCAGUGCCUCAGCAGCUGGCUCAUCUGCCCCCGCUGCCUCUGACGCUAGCGCCUCAGUAGCUGGCUCAUCUGGACCCGCUGCCUCUGACGCUAGCGUCUCAGUAGCUGGCUCAUCUGGACCCGCUGCCUCUGACGCUAGCGCCUCAGUAGCUGGCUCAUCUGGACCCGCUGCCUCUGACGCUAGCGCCUCAGUAGCUGGCUCAUCCGCCCCCGCUGCCUCUGACGCUAGCGCCUCAGUAGCUGGCUCAUCUGCCCCCACUGCUUCUGACGCUAGCGCCUCAGUAGCUGGCUCAUCUGGACCCGCUGUCUCUGAUGCCAGUGCCUCAGUAGCUGGCUCAUCUGGACCCGCUGCCUCUGAUGCCAGUGCCUCAGUAGCUGGCUCAUCUGCCCCCGCUGCUUCUGACGCUAGCGCCUCAGUAGCUGGCUCAUCUGGACCCGCUGCCUCUGAUGCCAGUGCCUCAGUAGCUGGCUCAUCUGCCCCCGCUGCCUCUGACGCUAGCGCCUCAGUAGCUGGCUCAUCUGCCCCCGCUGCCUCUGACGCUAGCGCCUCAGUAGCUGGCUCAUCUGCCCCCGCUGCCUCUGACGCUAGCGCCUCAGUAGCUGGCUCAUCUGGACCUGCUGCCUCUGACGCUAGCGCCUCAGUAGCUGGCUCAUCUGCCCCCGCUGCCUCUGACGCUAGCGCCUCAGUAGCUGGCUCAUCUGCCCCCGCUGCCUCUGAUGCUAGUGCCUCAGUAGCUGGCUCAUCUGGCCCCGCUGCCUCUGACGCUAGCGCCUCAGUAGCUGGCUCAUCUGCCCUCGCUGCCUCUGAUGCUAGUGCCUCAGUAGCUGGCUCAUCUGCCCCCACUGCCUCUGAUGCUAGUGCCUCAGUAGCUGGCUCAUCUGCCCCCGCUGGCGCUGACGCUAGCGUCUCAGUAGCUGGCUCAUCUGCCCCCGCUGCCUCUGAUGCUAGAGCCUCAGUAGCUGGCUCAUCUGCCCCCACUGGCGCUGACGCUAGCGCCUCAGUAGCUGGCUCAUCUGCCCCCGCUGCCGCUGACGCUAGCGCCUCAGUAGCUGGCUCAUCUGCCCCCGCUGGCGCUGACGCUAGCGCCUCAGUAGCUGGUUCAUCUGCCCCCGCUGCCUCUGACGCUAGCGCCUCAGUAGCUGACUCAUCUGCACCUGCAGCUGCUGUUGCAAGCAACUCUGUAUCUGUUUCAUCUGGACCCGCCGCCGCAGAUGCUAGCAUCUCAGGAGAUGCUCAGUCAGCCCAAGCCUCCACUGAUGCUGUCAACGCAGUAGUUGUUCCAGCCGCUGCUGACGCAUCCAACUCAGUAGUUGUUGCAUCUGAACCUGCCGCCGCUGACGCGUCCAACAACGUCCAAGUAGUUGUUGUUUCUGAGCCCGCCGCUGCUGAUGCUUCGAGCUCAGUAGUUGUUGUUUCUGAGCCCGCCGCUACUGAUGCUUCGAGCUCAGUAGCUGUCGCAUCUGAACCCGCCGCUGCUGAUGCAUCAAGCUCAGUAGUUGUUGCAUCUGAACCCGCCGCUGCUGACACAUCGAGCUCAGUAGUUGUUGCAUCUGAACCCGUUGCCGCAGAUGGUUCAAACUCAGUAGUUGUUGCAUCUGAACCCGCCGCUGCUGACGCAUCGAGCUCAGUAGCUGUCGCUUCUGAACCCGCCGCCGCUGAUGGUUCAAACUCAGUAGUUGUUGCAUCUGAACCCGCCGCUGCUGACGCAUCGAGCUCAGUAGUGGUUGCAUCUGAACCCGCCGCUGCUGACGCAUCGAGCUCAGUAGAUGUUGCAUCUGAACCCGCCGCUGCUGACACAUCGAGCUCAGUAGUUGUUGCAUCUGAACCCUCCGCUGCUGAUGCAUCUAGCUCAGUAGUUGUCGUUUCUGAACCCGUUGCCACAGAUGGUUCAAACUCAGUAGUUGUUGCAUCUGAACCCGCAGCUGCUGACGCAUCGAGCUCAGUAGCUGUCGCUUCUGAACCCGCCGCUGCUGACGCAUCGAGCUCAGUAGCUGUCGCUUCUGAACCCGCCGCCGCUGACGGUUCAAACUCGGUAGUUGUUGCAUCUGAACCCGCCCCUGCUGAUGCAUCUAGCUCAGUAGUUGUCGCAUCUGAACCCGCCGCUGCUGAUGCAUCUAGCUCAGUAGUUGUUGCAUCUGAACCCGCCCCUGCUGAUGCAUCUAGCUCAGUAGUUGUCGCUUCUGAACCCGUUGCGGCAGAUGGUUCAAACUCAGUAGUUGUUGCAUCUGCACCCGUUGCCGCUGAUGCAUCAAGCUCAGUAGUUGUUGUAUCUGAACCCGCCCCUGCUGAUGCAUCGAGAUCAGUAGCUGUCGCUUCUGAACCCGCCGCCUCUGACGCAUCGAGCUCAGUAGUUGUUGCAUCUGAACCCGCCCCUGCUGAUGCAUCGAGCUCAGUUGCUGUCGCUUCUGAACCCGCUGCCGCUGACGGUUCAAACUCAGUAGUUGUUGCAUCUGAACCCGCCUCUGCUGAUGCAUCAAGCUCAGUAGUUGUUGCAUCUGAACCCGCCCCUGCUGAUGCGUCAAGCUCAGUAGUUGUUGCAUCUGAACCUGCCCCUGCUGAUGCGUCAAGCUCAGUAGUUGUUGCAUCUGAACCCGCCGCUGCUGACGCAUCGAGCUCAGUAGCUGUCGCUUCUGAACCCGCCGCUGCUGACGCAUCGAGCUCAGUAGCUGUCGCUUCUGAACCCGCCGCUGCUGACGCAUCGAGCUCAGUAGCUGUCGCUUCUGAACCCGCCGCCACUGACGGUUCAAACUCAGUAGUUGUUGUAUCUGAACCCGCCCCUGCUGAUGCAUCGAGCUCAGUAGCUGUCGCUUCUGAACCCGCCGCCGCUGACGCAUCGAGCUCAGUAGUUGUUGCAUCUGAACCCGCCCCUGCUGAUGCAUCUAGCUCAGUAGUUGUCGCUUCUGAACCCGUUGCCGCAGAUGGUUCAAACUCAGUAGUUGUUGCAUCUGAACCCGUUGCCGCUGAUGUAUCAAGCUCAGUAGUUGUUGCAUCUGAACCCGCCGCUGCUGACGCAUCGAGCUCAGUAGCUGUCGCUUCUGAACCCGCCACUGCUGACGCAUCGAGCUCAGUAGCUGUCACUUCUGAACCCGCCGCCACUGACGGUUCAAACUCAGUAGUUGUUGUAUCUGAACCCGCCCCUGCUGAUGCAUCGAGCUCAGUAGCUGUCGCUUCUGAACCCGCCGCCGCUGACGCAUCGAGCUCAGUAGUUGUUGCAUCUGAACCCGCCCCUGCUGAUGCAUCUAGCUCAGUAGUUGUCGCUUCUGAACCCGUUGCCGCAGAUGGUUCAAACUCAGUAGUUGUUGCAUCUGAACCCGUUGCCGCUGAUGCAUCAAGCUCAGUAGUUGUUGCAUCUGAACCCGCCGCUGCUGAUGCAUCGAGCUCAGUAAUUGUUGUAUCUGAACCCGCCCCUGCUGAUGCAUCGAGCUCAGUAGCUGUCGCUUCUGAACCCACCGCCGCUGACGCAUCAAACUCGAUUGUUGUUGCAUCUGAACCCGCCCCUGCUGAUGCGUCAAGCUCAGUAGUUGUUGCAUCUGAACCCGCCGCUGCUGAUGCGUCAAGCUCAGUAGUUGUUGCAUCUGAACCCGCCCCUGCUGAUGCGUCAAGCUCAGUAGUUGUUGCAUCUGAACCCGCCGCUGCUGACGCAUCGAGCUCAGUAGCUGUCGCUUCUGAACCCGCCGCUGCUGACGCAUCGAGCUCAGUAGCUGUCGCUUCUGAACCCGCCGCUGCUGACGGUUCAAACUCAGUAGUUGUUGCAUCUGAACCCGCCCCUGCUGAUGCAUCUAGCUCAGUAGUUGUCGCUUCUGAACCCGCCGCUGCUGAUGCAUCUAGCUCAGUAGUUGUUGCAUCUGAACCCGCCGCUGCUGAUGCAUCGAGCUCAGUAGCUGUCGCAUCUGAACCCGCCGCCGCCGCUGAUGCAUCCAGCUCAGUAGUUGUUGCAUCUGAGCCCGCCGCUGCUGACGCAUCGAGCUCAGUAGCUGUCGCUUCUGAACCCGCCGCUGCUGACACAUCGAGCUCAGUAGCUGUCGCUUCUGAACCCGCCGCCGCUGACGGUUCAAACUCAGUAGUUGUUGCAUCUGAACCCGCCCCUGCUGAUGCAUCUAGCUCAGUAGUUGUCGCUUCUGAACCCGUUGCUGCAGAUGGUUCAAACUCAGUAGUUGUUGCAUCUGAACCCGUUGCCGCUGAUGCAUCAAGCUCAGUAGUUGUUGCAUCUGAACCCGCCGCUGCUGAUGCAUCGAGCUCAGUAGUUGUCGCUUCUGAGCCCGCCGCUGCUGACGCAGCACCCCUUGAUGCAAGCGCUUCCUUAGAUGUUCCUCUUGAACCCGUUUCUACUGAUGCCGCAGCAACUGACGCCUCGUCCGCUGGUGUAUCAGUAGACGCUUCAUCUGUCACAGUACCCAUUGACGCUAAUGCUUCGGUAGCCGCUCCUUCUGAUGUCGUUGGCCCAGUUGACGCAUCUGCUGUUGUAGUUUCGACUGAUGCAGUCCCUGCUGUAGAAACCGUGACUGAUGCAGAUCCCACUAACGUUGCUGGGGCACCUGUCACUGAGGCAGCAGUAAAUGUUAACUCUGAACCAGCUGUUGAUGCCGUAAACACAGUAACUCCUCAAGUUGCACAGGAGAAUACCAACACGCCUAUUGUACCUAAAUCAUUAAAUGGGGAGGAGUUAUAUCCAGUCCCCUUUGAAGCCGGUGCGUCUUUAUUGGAAGUAACAACACAGUAAUGAGGAAUUGUAUUAUAUUUGUAUAAUGUUAUAAUAAGAAUCGAUGUUUCAUGUUUAUUUAAUUAAAUAAGGUCUGGCAUUUUA